AUGAACACGGUCGUGCAGUCCUCCCUCUCCAAUGUGGAGUCAAAGCUCAAUGCGCUUUUGUUAUCCCUGACCACAUCUCCGACUGCAGCAGGAGCUCCAGCUGCUGCUGUGGCCCUUUUAAACGCCGACGACGACCUAUCUUCCUCCAUCACGACCCUCCAGCAACACCAAGAGAACUAUGCCAAAAUCUUAAAACUCCGCGCAGAGGCCGAGACACUGGAAGAUCGCGUGAAAGAAAUCGUGAAGAACAUAGAAGAGUUCGACAAGGAGAUCCGGACAGUUUGCGGCGACGAUGGAGAAAGCGACAGUGAAUUCGAUUCCGGUGACGAGGGCCAAACGGGCGAGAAGCUGCAGCACAAAGAGAUCGACUACCGGUUACUCCUGAACUUUGCACGUCGCAUUAGCAAAUACAAUCACGAAGCCGCUACCGACGCAGCAGGAGGUGCUGCUGCGUCUGAUAACCGAUCAGGAUCGCGACCGCAGAUACUAGACAAAGAUGUGACGAUGACGGGGCCCAAUGGUGAACAGGUUGGCGAACAAGGUGCUGAGCCGGUAUCAUCAGUCACGAAGAACGCAACACAAUGGCUGGAUGAGUCGGCAAAUAUGACACGAGAGGUAUACAUGGUGCCAUACCCUAUGGAGGAACGAAUACGAAUGGGAUUGAUGGGUCAGGUCCAACUUGCAGCUGGCAGUGAUCCAGAUAAGGAGGUUGAGCGAUUGAUUCGUGAAGCUGAAGGCCUUGGGGCAGCUGAGCCUCCUGCGCCGCCUCCGCCUGUGGAUACCAGACAGGAAGAGGCCGCUAAUGCUGCUGCGCAGGCUGCGUCGGCAGCUACUGGCGUAGUCCGACCGCCGGCAUCAGUCGCAGCACCUGCGCCAAGGCCCAAGCCCAAGCCAAGUGCUCUGCUCGAUCUUGAUCUCUACGACCCCGAUGAUGACGAUUUUUGA